CGCGCCGGUAGGUGAGUGCGGCCUCGGUCCUGGCCUGGCGGCGACACCUGGGUUCCAGCUUCCUUACGGAAGAGAUGAGCUGCGGCUGCUGUUAGGGUUAGGGCCAGGCCUGUUCUCAGUCCGCGCACCCGCUCCUUGUCCGGAGUAGCCGAAGCCUGGGGCUUGCGGGCCCAGCCUGAGGGGAGCUGAGGGUGCCCGCGGGAAGGCAUCUGGGUCGCGGCGAGGACCCUUUCAGGCGGGCCCAACACUGCCGGGCGUUUAAUGGGGUUUCCCCAAUUUUCUGCUAGGUAGGGCCACCCAUGCUUCAAGUGAGUAGCAGGCUCUGUUCCAGAGGUCUUGGAACAGGUCCAGGUUACUCACUCCGAUGUGCGGCGUCUGGUUGGAAAUGGUUGAAUCCCAGAAUGGCAGUGCAGGAUGGGAAGCACAUUUAUUGUGUGCCAUGUACCAGUUGCUGUGCCAAGCGAAUUUUCUGUUACGGAAAACAAGCCAGCUGGCCCGUUUUGCAGAAAACUUAAGGAACAAAGAGAGUUGAAGCGUCAUGCUUGAGAGUUGGUGGUCCUUGUGACUGUCAGUCCACACAGAGGAAAGGGGGAGACCUGUUUGUUCGUAGUCGUGGUUCUUUAAUGUUAGUGGAAAACAAGAUCUCCUGGGGCCCUUUUAAAAUGCAGUUUCUCAGACUCCCGCACGCUCGGGUAGUCCGACUGGUUAGUUCAGGAGUGAGACCCAAGAAGCCAGAUGCGAGCCUGGUGAUCGGAAUUCCCGAUGACCUCUUGCCUACCACCUGUGACAUAAGAUUUGUCGAUUCAUCAGUUAUUUGGUGUAUUCAUGUGUCCACAGGGACACCAUAAAAUGGAAGGCACCCUUCUGAAAUAUUUGAAGGGAAUCAGUGGGUAGACUCCUUUUUGAUACAAAGUAUUGAGCCGACAGCAGCUUUUACAGUCUUUUAGUUAGAUGACCUGCGAACAAUUUGUAAGGAUCUGAAAGUAGAGGCUGCCCGAUUAUCUUUCUCAGCUGAAGUCUUCAUGUCCUUACCCUGUGGGGAAGUGCUUCAUGAUAUAAGAAAGGAAUAAUUGUGUCAAAACCAUUUAGUUGAUUAUCAGUCUUCACUUUCAUCUUCCAAGAAUCGUGAUGCUUGGUUAGAAUCAAGCUGCUGCUUUAGCUAUUGAAAACCACGUAUGUGGUAAAUCAAGUAACAAGUGCAAUAUUGGUUGUUUCAUUAUGGAUGGAGGGGAUGAUGGUAACCUUGUUAUCAAAAAGAGGUUUGUGUCUGAGGCAGAACUAGAUGAACGGCGCAAAAGGAGGCAAGAAGAAUGGGAGAAAGUUCGAAAACCUGAAGAUCCAGAAGAAUGUCCAGAGGAGGUUUAUGACCCUCGAUCUCUAUAUGAAAGGCUACAGGAACAGAAGGACAGGAAGCAGCAGGAGUACGAGGAACAGUUCAAAUUCAAAAACAUGGUAAGAGGCUUAGAUGAAGAUGAGACCAACUUCCUUGAUGAGGUUUCUCGACAGCAGGAACUAAUAGAAAAGCAACGAAGAGAAGAAGAACUGAAAGAACUGAAGGAAUACAGAAAUAACCUCAAGAAGGUUGGAAUUUCUCAAGAGAACAAGAAGGAGGUGGAAAAGAAACUGACUGUGAAGCCUAUAGAAACCAAGAACAAGUUCUCCCAGGCGAAGCUGUUGGCAGGAGCUGUGAAGCAUAAGAGCUCAGAGAGUGGCAACAGUGUGAAAAGACUGAAACCGGACCCUGAGCCAGAUGACAAGAAUCAAGAGCCCUCAUCCUGCAAGUCUCUCGGAAACACCCCCCUGAGUGGCCCCUCCAUCCACUGCCCCUCUGCUGCAGUCUGUAUCGGCAUCCUCCCAGGCCUGGGUGCCUACUCUGGGAGCAGCGACUCCGAGUCCAGCUCAGACAGCGAAGGCACCAUCAAUGCCACCGGAAAGAUUGUCUCCUCCAUCUUCCGAACCAACACCUUCCUCGAGGCCCCCUAGUUUCUCCGUCCCUACACAGGGAGCUCCUCCCCAAGGGUAGAUCGGACCGUUCAUGCUGCCUAUAGGCAUUAUGUCCCUCAAAAAAAAACUCCUUUGCCUGCAUCCUGUGUACAACAUGACAUUUUUAACCAAUCCAAUCUAAAAAUGUGCCAGAAUCCACCUGUGGCCCGAAUCGUGUUUGGUUCCUCUUUCUACUCCAGUGCAGAUGACCAAACCUGUCCCGCUGCCACUUUCCUCACUGAUAUUGGGAGGAGGGCAAGGCCCAGCCGGAGUUCCACUAAAAAUGCCCCAGGAGACUAGGCACCGGCUGGCUUGCCAAAGGGUUUGGGUUUUAUUGCUUUCUGUUUUUUCUUUUCCCGACAGCACAAAGAAGUAAGGGCAGUUAUUGGACAGGUGUUAUUUAAACAUUCUAUUGUAAAUGAAUGUGUUGUUUGGUUCUACUGCAUUGUGGAGCAUGUGGGGGAAGAGAACUGACCCAGGUAAUGAAAUGGAGCCCUUCCCUGGAACUAACCAGUCCUUGAUGUUGUGUGACUAAGUAAAGAUGAUAAACCCCAUCUGCUGGGGGUGUCACUUCACACUCGGCAUGCAUUGUGAAAGCUUUCCAUACCCUUGGCCAUUCCCUCUCUCCUCUCUCUCCAACCCCAUUUAUGCAGGAAGGGACUGCUAACAAGAACGCUUCCAUCUCAAACCUUUUCUCUGCCUGGGAAAUUAUUUUAUGUUUGUUUUUGAAAUAAAGGAUUUAGUUUAAGAUUCUAAAUUUUAGAGAAACAAACGUAGGCCUUGUUUACUAAUAGCCAGACAUCAGAACUGCAGGUAGGUAUGUUAAUGAGAUGACUUAUUUCUGGCAGCUCCUGGAAUCCUAAUAUUGUAAAUGAGUGGGACACACUUGCAUAUUGUGACUAUAUUCUAUUGAGGCCCUUCUCUGUUUAAUGCAUAUUAUACUUGUGCUUUUAACUGUGGAAUCUAUUUCUAACCUAAAGGUGCUGCCCUAGUACUUUUCUUUGCUGCCUCUGCUGCUCUUUUUCCUUUCCAAACAGCAACUCUGAGGCCAUGAGCAGCCAAAAACUAGAGGUACUGCUCCACCUCGUCUCAUAAAGGGAAACGGGCUCAUCCCUUGGAUUCUGGAGGAGGGAGAGGGAGAUGGUGUGGAGGCCUCGAGGACAGAGAUAGACAUGAGCUUUGACAACAAUCUGUAGGCUCUCCUGCUUUAGAAUAAGCAUGUACCGUUCUUUAUCCAUUCCCCUUAUUCCUACAUCAAUUGUUUUUACUUUCUUGGGUGUGAGACUGAGUGAGACACACACAAAAUGUGUUGACACUGUGAUGCCGGCAGGCAGAGCAGCCACUGACUUUGAACGUGGGCAGAGAGGCCCCUGGAUCUCAUCCAGCCCACUCCUUUUCCCCUUCCAGUGCAGUGACACUCUGGUGCCCGUUGGCAGAUGGCGACUUCCCUGCACCCAUAACUGAUGCUUUGUGAAUUCUUCCUCCUUUUCAGAACUACUCUGUGCUAAUUAUUCUGCCAGUAUGGGCGCAUCAGCUCCAUCCUGACAAACAAGACAUUCAGGUAAAACUUUGUAGGCACCUUCUGCUUCUCUGCUUCAUUGUUCCUGUGAUAGUCCUGUUGUUAUUACAGCAUGUACCCAAAACAGCCUCACAUUGUUACAGGAGGCAGGCCAGGACAUCAAAGUCACCAUCUUUAUGUGGCAUGACUCUUAAGAGGCCAUUACUGUACCUCAUGGCCUCUUGAUGUGGAAAGAAGUUGACAGAGGGUUGCAGGGUUUAAAAACAUCCAUUAACAUGAAAGCUAAUAAACCUGUCAGAGAACAAGA